AUGGCCUCCCUCUCGCAAAAUUCUGCGCCAGUGCGCGUCUUUAUUGCCGGCGGUAGCUAUGCCGGCCUCUCUACUGCUCUGAACCUGCUGGAUCUGGUUUCUGGUGCCAGCCCUCGCAUGUCUGGCGAGGCCUACACCCAUGUGCCCAACUUUGAGAAAAUAGACGUUGAAAUCACCAUCGCCGAUGAGCGAGACGGGUUCUACCAUCUUAUUGGCUCCCCGCUUGCGCUCGCCGACUCCAAGUAUACCAAAAAGGCCUGGGUCAAGUUCCAGGACAUUCCCAGUCUUCAGCAACCCAACAUUAAAGUCGUCAUCGGAUCCGUCACUACUGUCGACUGCGCCUCCAAGACUGUCACGACUCUCGAUACCGUAACAAAAAUCGCGACUGAGCACACCUACGAUUUCUUUGUCGCGGCAUCUGGUCUCCGCCGCGUGUGGCCGGUAGUCCCACAAUCGCUAUCCCGCAAGCAGUACCUGGUCGAGGCCGCCGAGCACAUACACGCUGUGAGCAAUGCACAGCACGGCGUUGUCGUUGUCGGCGGCGGCGCUGUCGGUAUUGAGAUGGCCGCCGAGCUCAAGGUCGUUCAUCCCCGGAUCAAUGUUACACUCGUGCAUUCGCACGAAAAGCUGCUCUCAUCUGAGGCGCUCUCCGAUGAGUGCAAGGAUACCACUCUCGAACUGCUGCGAGAGAGCGGUGUAACUGUACUCAUGAAUCACCGCCUCAGCAAGUCCACCCGCGUGGAGACAAUGGACGGUAGCAUCAAAUACGAGCUUGAAUUUCUAAAUGGACACAAGAUGGCAGCUAGCGAAGUCAUCUUGGCCGUUUCGCAGCCUGCCUCGACCACUGCUUAUAUGCCCGCCACAGCUCUUGACGAAAACAACCUUGUCAAGAUCAAUCCAAACCUCACAAUUGUCGAGGGAACCCCCAAUGCCGAGUAUCAUUUCUGCGCCGGCGACGCUGCGAGAUGGAGCGGAAUCAAGCGUUGUGGCGGAGCCAUGCACGGCGGUCACUACGUCGCCCACAACAUUCACCAAACUAUUCUACGUGACCGUGUUCCCGGUGGCCAUCAGGUUAAGUACAGCGAGCUAACCGAGUUCCCGGCCGUCAUUGGUCUUGCUGUUGGCAAGAAGGCCGUCGCUUCCAGCCCUGAUGCCGGCACGGUUUCGGGUGAAGAUGUUAUGCAAGCGUACUUUCGUAAUGACUUGGGCUUUGACAUUUGCUGGGAGUACAUGCAGCUUGGUGGAAUGAAAGAGACCGUGGUCGAUGCAUAA